CAAACAGCUGCCUCAAUCUAAUCGGGACGGACGGCCUCGGGCGCCCUGGGAUGGAUCGGUCCUCCUAUGAUAAUUCUCUGGAUCUUGUCAUCAUUGCUGAUUGCAGUAUGGUCAAUUUGUAAAACAGCUGGAAGGCGUCUCCAAGCAUUUCUCCAUCUUAGGAGUCACAUCAUGGAAGCUGACAAGGAACAACCUGGAGACAGCCAGUCAGCAGAUGCUGCUUCUUCCGCUGUAUUAGGGGAAAGUCAUAGGAAUCCCCCCGUCCGUACGCAAGACUCAAUACCCCCCAGCAGUGGGUCUCUACCUCCAACUACUCCUUCUACUGCAACAAGAACAGAGCAGAAACAGCUGAAAUUUGGCCCCUCUCGUGGAAGUAAAGCAGAACCUAAGAGCCAAAAGACAAGAAACCCACCACUAUCCAGGUUUAUCUUGGGUUCCUCAGAGGACAACUCUGAUGAUGAUGAGUGCGGGCCUUUCAAAGCUGCUAGAAGAAACAGCUUCACCAGCCUCGGUUCUCAGACUCCUUCUCUGUCUUCCCUCCCGGAAACUGAAACCCUGACCACAACCAUGAGGCCCAGCAUGUCUGGAUUACAUCUUGUAAAGAAAGGCAGAGAACAGAAAAAACUGGAUCUCCAUCGGGACUUUACUGUCGCCUCCCCUGCUGAGUUUGUGACUCGGUUUGGGGGGAAUCGCAUUAUUGAGAAGGUCCUCAUAGCUAACAAUGGCAUUGCAGCUGUCAAGUGCAUGCGCUCCAUCCGGAGGUGGUCGUAUGAAAUGUUUAGGAACGAGCGAGCCAUACGCUUUGUGGUUAUGGUUACUCCAGAAGACCUCAAGGCUAAUGCAGAAUACAUAAAGAUGGCUGACCACUACGUACCAGUCCCAGGGGGACCAAACAAUAAUAACUAUGCCAACGUGGAGUUAAUUGUUGACAUUGCCAAGCGUAUACCAGUGCAGGCCGUGUGGGCUGGAUGGGGUCAUGCUUCUGAAAAUCCUAAGCUGCCAGAUCUCCUACAGAAGCAGAACAUUGCAUUCAUGGGUCCUCCCAGUGAAGCGAUGUGGGCAUUAGGUGACAAAGUGGCUUCUACAAUUGUUGCUCAGACUGUGGGAAUUCCAACGCUCUCAUGGAGUGGAGACGGACUGAAGUUGGACUAUGAUUCAGAAGAUACGCAGCAGCAAAGUAUCAUCCGUGUCCCUGCUGAUGUGUAUGCCCGAGGCUGUGUGAAAGAUGUGGAUGAAGGUUUAGAGGCUGCGGAGAGAAUUGGAUACCCGGUGAUGAUAAAAGCAUCUGAGGGCGGUGGAGGGAAAGGUAUUCGCAUGUCUGAGCGAGCUGAGGAUUUUCCUAACCUCUUUAGACAAGUACAGACUGAGGUGCCUGGGUCACCUGUCUUUGUAAUGAAGCUGGCUCAACACGCCCGACACUUGGAAGUCCAAAUAUUAGCUGAUCAAUAUGGCAAUGCUGUGUCUCUCUUUGGACGUGACUGUUCCAUCCAACGAAGACAUCAAAAGAUAAUAGAGGAAGCGCCUGCCACUGUGGCUGCCCCUUCUGUCUUUGAGUACAUGGAGCAGUGUGCGGUGCGUCUGGCUAAGAUGGUGGGAUACGUGAGUGCUGGCACAGUGGAAUAUCUGUACAGCGAAGAUGGAAGCUUCCACUUCCUGGAGCUUAACCCUCGGCUUCAGGUUGAACAUCCUUGUACUGAAAUGAUCUGCGAUGUCAACCUCCCGGCUGCUCAGUUACAGAUCUCAAUGGGAAUUCCCUUGUACAGAAUAAAGGAUAUACGGGUGUUGUAUGGGGAGACACCCUGGGGAGAUUUUCCAAUUAGUUUUGAGAACCCAGGGAAUACUCCUCACCCAAGAGGUCAUGUCAUUGCUGCCAGGAUAACCAGUGAGAAUCCGGAUGAGGGUUUUAAGCCCAGUUCAGGGACAGUCCAAGAGCUGAACUUUCGCAGUAAUAAGAAUGUAUGGGGAUACUUCAGCGUAGCAGCCGCUGGCGGCCUGCAUGAGUUUGCGGAUUCACAAUUUGGACACUGCUUCUCAUGGGGAGAAAACCGAGAAGAAGCCAUCUCGAACAUGGUUAUGGCUCUUAAAGAGCUUUCUAUUCGGGGAGAUUUCAGGACUACAGUGGAAUACCUCAUCAAACUACUGGAAACAGAGAGCUUCCAGAACAAUGAUAUUGAUACAGGGUGGCUGGACCACCUGAUUGCGGAGAAGGUCCAGGCUGAAAAACCAGACACGAUGCUUGGAGUGGUCUGUGGUGCUCUAAAUGUGGCAGAUGCUUUGUUCCAGACUUGUAUGAAUGAAUUUCUUCACUCUCUGGAAAGAGGACAGGUACUCCCUGCUGCCACAUUGUUGAACAUUGUUGAUGUGGAACUUAUCUCAGAGGGUGUGAAAUACUCAUUAAAGGUUGCCCGACAGUCCCUCACCACGUAUGUAAUCAUUAUGAAUAAUUCUCACAUAGAGAUAGAUGUUCACCGUUUGAGUGACGGAGGGCUUCUACUGUCUUAUGAUGGAAAUAGCUACACCACUUACAUGAAGGAGGAAGUUGACAGGUACCGAAUAACCAUAGGAAACAAAACCUGUGUGUUUGAGAAGGAGAAAGACCCAACAGUAUUACGUUCUCCCUCCACUGGCAAACUGCUCCAGUAUACGGUGGAAGAUGGGAGCCAUGUCUGUGCAGGAGAGUGCUUUGCUGAAAUUGAGGUAAUGAAGAUGGUGAUGGCCUUGGUGGUACAGGAGCCUGGUCGAAUCCAUUAUGUGAAGCGCCCUGGAGCUGUCCUGGAGUCUGGGUGCGUGGUGGCGCGUCUUGAUUUAGAUGACCCCUCGAAGGUCCACCAGGCAGAGCUGUACACUGGAGACCUCCUUCCACAACAGACCCUUCCCAUUAUUGGAGAAAAACUUCAUCAGAUUUUUCAUAAUGUGCUGGACAAUCUGAUCAAUGUAAUGAAUGGAUACUGCUUGCCUGAGCCUUACUUCACUAACAAGGUGAAGGAAUGGGUGCUUACACUGAUGAAGACCCUACGAGAUCCAUCCCUUCCUCUCCUCGAGCUCCAAGAGAUCAUGACCAGUGUGUCCACCAGGAUUCCACCUUCUGUGGAGAAAGCCAUACGCAAAGUGAUGGCUCAGUAUGCCAGUAACAUUACCUCUGUACUGUGCCAAUUCCCAAGCCAGCAGAUUGCCAACAUUUUAGACAGCCAUGCGGCCACCUUGCAGAGGAAAGCAGACCGGGAAGUGUUUUUUAUGAACACUCAGAGCAUUGUGCAGCUGGUGCAGAGAUACCGCAGUGGCAUUCGUGGUUAUAUGAAGUCGGUUGUUCUUGAUUUACUUAGAAGAUACCUACAGGUUGAGACGCAGUUCCAACACUCUCACUAUGACAAAUGUGUGAUUAACCUGAGGGAACAAUAUAAGCCAGACAUGACCCCUGUGCUAGAGUGCAUCUUCUCACAUGCCCAGGUGGCUAAGAAGAACGUGCUCGUCACCAUGUUGAUUGACCAGCUUUGUGGGCGCGACCCAACGCUCACCGAUGAAUUAAUGGCCAUACUCAAUGAACUGACACAGCUGAGCAAAACGGAACAUUCCAAAGUCGCCUUGAGGGCGAGACAGGUCCUGAUUGCCUCUCACCUCCCAUCUUACGAACUGAGACACAAUCAGGUUGAAUCUAUUUUCCUCUCCGCCAUAGACCUUUACGGUCAUCAGUUUUGUCCAGAGAACCUAAAGAAACUCAUCCUUUCAGAAACAUCAAUCUUUGAUGUCCUCCCAAACUUCUUCUAUCACGUCAAACAGGUGGUUCGAAUGGCUGCUUUAGAGGUGUAUGUAAGAAGGGGCUACAUUGCAUAUGAACUAAACAGCCUACACCACCACCAGCUCCAGGAUGGGACACGUGUGGUGGAGUUCCAGUUUAUGUUGCCUUCUUCUCAUCCCAACAGAGAGAUCAGCCCUACACUGAGCAGGAUGUCUCUGCCCGUCAGUGCCACACACCUAGAGUUAAAUCGUCAAAGCAGUGAACUCUUCAUGGACAGUGGUUUCUCCCCUUUGUGCCAGAGGAUGGGGGUUAUGGUAGCCUUUGACAAGUUUGAGGAUUUCACAAGGAACUUUGACGAGGUCAUCUCCUGCUUUGCAGACCCUCCUUUGGACAGCCCUUUGUUCAGCGAGGCACGGUCCACUUUUUAUGACGAAGAAGACAAUAAGAGCAUCCGCGAGGAACCCAUCCACAUUUUAAAUGUGGCUAUAAAGUCUGUCGAGCGCGUUGAAGAUGAAGAAUUGGUGUCCGUAUUCCGAACGUUCUCUCAGUCAAAGAAAAACAUCUUGGUGGACUAUGGUCUUAGAAGAAUCACUUUUUUGAUAGCCCAGCAGAGAGAGUUUCCAAAGUUCUUCACAUUCAGAGCGAGAGAUGAGUUUGCAGAAGAUCGUAUAUACAGACACCUUGAACCCGCUCUGGCCUUCCAGCUGGAGCUGAACCGGAUGCGUAACUUUGACUUGAAUGCGGUGCCAUGUGCAAACCACAAAAUGCAUCUUUAUCUGGGUGCAGCAAAAGUAGCAGCAGGAGUAGAAGUGACAGAUUACAGGUUCUUUGUCCGAGCCAUUAUCCGUCAUUCUGAUCUCAUCACAAAGGAGGCUUCUUUUGAAUAUUUGCAGAACGAAGGUGAGCGUCUUUUGCUCGAGGCAAUGGAUGAGUUAGAAGUUGCUUUUAACAACACCAGCGUCCGCACCGACUGCAAUCAUAUCUUCUUAAACUUUGUCCCCACGGUCAUUAUGGACCCUUCCAAGAUAGAGGAGUCCGUCCGCUCUAUGGUUAUGCGAUAUGGCAGCCGCCUGUGGAAGCUGCGUGUACUUCAAGCUGAAGUCAAGAUAAACAUCCGUUUAACACCUACAGGGAAAGCAAUACCUAUCCGUCUGUUCCUGACCAAUGAGUCUGGAUACUAUCUGGAUAUCAGCCUCUACAAAGAAGUGACAGAUCCUAGCACUGGGCAUAUCAUGUUCCAUUCUUAUGGAGAUAAACAUGGACACAUGCAUGGAAUGCUGAUCAACACGCCAUACGUGACCAAAGAUCUGCUGCAGUCCAAGAGGUUUCAGGCCCAGUCCUUGGGGACCACAUAUGUUUACGACUUCCCUGAGAUGUUCAGACAGGCUUUGUUCAAACUAUGGCGGUCAGGAGAAACGUACCCCAAAGAUAUUCUCACCUACACUGAGCUGGUUUUAGACACCCAGGGACAGCUGGUGCAGCUGAACAGGUUGCCUGGUGGUAAUGAGGUUGGGAUGGUGGCUUUCAAGAUGAAUCUGAAAACCCCAGAAUACCCAUCUGGUCGUGAUGUCAUCGUAAUCUGCAAUGACAUCACUUAUAAGAUUGGCUCCUUUGGACCACAAGAAGACUUGCUUUAUCUCAGAGUUUCAGAACUGGCUAGAAAGGAAGGGAUCCCUCGAAUCUACAUAGCCGCCAACAGUGGUGCACGAAUAGGACUGGCAGAGGAACUCCGGCACAUGUUUCAGGUUGCCUGGAAUGACCCUACAGACCCUUACAAGGGUUUCAAAUAUCUGUACCUGACCCCCCAAGAUUAUACGAAAAUCAGCUCUAUGAACUCGGUACACUGUGAGCAUGUGGAGGAUGAGGGCGAAUCGAGGUAUGUAGUGACUGACAUUAUAGGAAAGGAGGAAGGAAUUGGAGUGGAGAACCUGAGAGGAUCGGGGACAAUAGCUGGAGAAUCGUCACUGGCAUACGAUGAGAUAGUGACCAUAAGCAUGGUAACCUGCCGUGCAAUUGGGAUUGGAGCCUACCUGGUGAGGCUGGGUCAGCGUGUUAUACAAGUGGAAAAUUCCCAUAUAAUACUGACUGGAGCGAGUGCUUUGAACAAAGUCCUGGGGCGUGAAGUGUACACAUCAAACAACCAGCUAGGAGGGGUACAGAUCAUGUGCAACAAUGGCGUGUCCCACACUAUGGUGCCUGAUGAUUUUGAGGGAGUUUAUACUAUUCUUCAAUGGCUCUCCUACAUGCCAAAGGAUAAAUACAGCCCGGUGCCAGUCAUGACACCCACCGACCCCAUCGACAGACAGAUUGAUUUCAUGCCAUCCAAAGCUCCUUAUGACCCCCGCUGGUUGUUGGCUGGAAGACCUCAUCCAAGUGUGAAAGGGGCAUGGCAGAAAGGGUUUUUUGAUCACGGAAGCUUUAUGGAAAUCAUGCAACGCUGGGCCCAGACUGUUGUAGUGGGACGGGCACGAUUGGGUGGAAUUCCAGUGGGAGUUAUUGCUGUGGAAACCCGGAGUGUGGAAAUAGCAGUACCUGCUGACCCUGCCAAUCUGGAUUCAGAAGCUAAGAUAAUUCAACAGGCAGGACAGGUUUGGUUCCCAGACUCUGCCUUCAAAACUGCCCAGGUAAUAAAGGACUUCAACCGAGAGCGUCUGCCUCUCCUUAUUUUUGCGAACUGGAGAGGCUUUUCUGGAGGCAUGAAGGACAUGUAUGACCAAGUGCUGAAGUUUGGGGCGUAUAUUGUAGACAGCCUUAGGGAGUUCAAGCAGCCUGUGCUGGUAUACAUCCCACCUUAUGCUGAGUUGAGAGGAGGAUCGUGGGUUGUUAUUGACCCCACUAUUAAUCCUCUCUACAUGGAGCUUUAUGCAGACAAAGAAAGCAGAGGUGGGGUCUUGGAAGCAGAAGGCACAGUGGAAAUCCGUUUCAGAAGAAAAGACCUAAUUAAAACAAUGAGGAGGAUAGACCCUGUUUAUGCUAGUAUUGUGGAACAGCUGGGCACUCCAGAGCUAUCCAAUGCACAGUGCAAGCAGCUAGAGAUGAAGCUAAAGGCCCGUGAGGAGAUGCUGCUCCCCAUAUACCAUCAAGUAGCUGUAAAGUUUGCAGAUUUACAUGAUACCCCGGGAAGAAUGCAGGAAAAAGGAGUCAUCACAGAUAUCCUGGAGUGGAAGGAUGCACGCACCUUCCUCUACUGGAGACUAAGGCGCCUUCUUCUCGAAGAGGUAGUGAAAAGAGAGAUCCUUCAUGCCAAUAGUGAACUCAGUGACAUCCACAUCCAGUCUAUGCUCCGUCGAUGGUUUAUGGAAACAGAGGGGGCUGUAAAGGCUUAUUUGUGGGACAAUAACCAGGUGGUGGUGGAGUGGCUCGAGAAACACUUGCAAGAGGAAGAUGGAACACGAUCUGCUAUCCGGGAGAAUAUAAAGUAUUUGAAGAGAGACUAUGCCCUUAAGCAUAUUCGAGGUUUAAUCCAAGCCAAUCCUGAAGUAGCCAUGGACUGUAUCGUACAAAUGACCCAACAGAUCACCCCAGCACAGAGAGCCCAGCUGGCUACGCUUUUAGCCACCAUGGACAAUACUCCUUCCAGCUGACACCAGAAGAGACAGCAGUUGCAUCAUCUCCAUGAACUUUAAUAGUGAUCAACACAAAGCUUCUUGGGACAGCCGCCCACCGAUAUACCAAGCUGACGUGCCUUAAUAAAGACCAACCAAACACCCCUCAGUGUCUUGUUCUCUAGCUGCCACACGGUCACCACUGGCUUCCCGCUCUUUAUAUCGUCAUUAAACAACUGGCUGUUUUAAAUAGUUUCCUUUCAGGAGUAUAGUCUUAUUAUAAACUCAGUAUUGUUGCUUUAAUGCACUUUUCAACCAGAUCAUGACCUCCAGAAUACACAGGUGCUUGUAAAGUUUAUGUGUCUAAGGGCUAUGAAGCUCCGGGAACUGAUACAUACGCACAAAUGAAAUGUCGCGUUGAAUGUGUUAGGACUCUACCACUGUUUUAUUCAAUACCUUAAGAAUGUCAGAAUUUCGUCCUCGUUAAAACCUCAGGAAGCAGUUUCUACCUUUUUAGCCUGAUUGCGUAGAGGAAACGAGGCAAUUGCUAUUUGUUACUCGGCUCUCAGGACUGAAUGGAAGUCUUACCAGACCCUUCUAUCCGUCAGACCUGCUAUGAAGUGAUUAAAAGGGGAACUAAUGUUUUAAAAAAGACUUUUAAAAAAUCUGUAUGGAUGUGCCUAGAUCUGUUAUUGAGUUGUUGCAGAAGUAUAAUCCUAGUAACGAUGUACAAUACAUUAUCAUGUGUAUGA